AUGUUUCACAGUCACGACAAGUCUGCCAAUGGCAGCCAGAACCCCAUUGCCCAAAUUGAACAGGUUGAGCAGGUUGUUGCCGCAUCCUUGAGACCCUUGCCUACUGAGACUGGUGACGGAACCUACGUCAAAGAGAACACGACUACUGGCAUUGCCAAAGACCUCGGUCAUGUCGACGUCAAGGAUCUCGAGACCCUGGCUGUGGUUGCCAAGAGCGCAAUUACGGGGGAUGCAGUAAAUGACAGGGAAUAUAUCAUGGAACGAGUGAUCCAGCUCGCGGCAGGGCUGCCUUCAACAUCUCGCAAUGGGCGGGAUUUGACGAACACCUUUCUGAAAACUCUAUGGAAUGACUUGCAGCACCCCCCUAUCUCGUAUCUCGGCCGGGAUUCCAUGUACCGGAAAGCGGAUGGAUCAGGAAAUAACGUUUUCUGGCCUCAAAUCGGAGCUUCUGGGACUCCGUACGCUCGAUCAGUCCGACCGCACACUAUGCAGCCUGCUGCUCUUCCGGAGCCGGAACAGCUUUUCGAUAGUCUUCUAGCGCGGAAAGAGUUCAAGGAACACCCAACCAAGAUCUCCAGUAUCCUCUUCUACUUGGCAUCCAUUAUCAUCCACGACCUUUUCCAAACCAACCCAAGUGAUCCAACCUCGUCUUUGACAUCCUCAUAUUUGGAUUUGCAGCCUCUCUACGGCAACAAUCAGGAUGAGCAGAAUGCAGUGCGGACCUUUAAGGAUGGAAAGCUGAAGCCCGACUGCUUCUCUGCAAAGCGAAUCCUGGGAUUUCCUCCUGGUGUCGGUGUUAUACUAAUCAUGUUCAACCGCUUCCAUAACUACAUCGUCACGCAAUUGGCGGAGAUUAACGAAGGCGGCCGCUUCACCAAGCCGGAUGAAUCUGACACCACAGCCUAUGGUACUUGGGACAAUGACCUGUUCCAGACCGCACGCCUGAUUACCUGUGGUCUUUAUAUCAACAUCGUCCUGAAAGACUACGUCCGCACCAUUCUCAACUUAAACCGCACUGACAGUCAAUGGAGCUUGGAUCCUCGAGCUGAAAUGAAAAAUGGAUUGUUCGGCGAUGGUGCAUCCCAGGCCACCGGCAACCAGGUCUCUGCGGAGUUUAAUCUUGUCUAUCGAUGGCACUCGUGCAUCUCGGCCCGCGAUCAAAAGUGGUCUGAAAAUCUUUACAAAGAACUGUUUGCAGGCCAAGACCCGCAGAAGAUCAGUAUGCAACAGUUUGGAUGUGGCCUGGGACGGUGGGAGGCGAAACUCUCCGAGGACCCUGCGGAGCGUCCGUUUGCGAACCUACAUCGCAACGCAGAUGGUACGUUCCCUGAUGAUGACCUCGUCAAAAUCUUUGAAGAGAGUGUGGAGGAUGUUGCCGGUGCCUUUGGAGCUUCCAAUGUGCCUGAAAUCUUCCGAAGCGUUGAGGUCAUGGGGAUCAAGCAGGCACGUUCUUGGAAUCUGGCCACCCUGAACGAGUUCCGGUCAUUCUUUAGCUUGGAGCGCUAUAAUUCUUUCGAGGAAAUCAGCUCGGAUCCGUAUAUCGUCGACCAGCUCAAACGCUUCUACGACCAUCCCGACCUUGUGGAGCUCUACCCAGGAAUCAUUGUGGAAGAUGCGAAGAAACCCAUGGUUCCAGGAAGUGGCCUCUGUACCAAUUACACGAUCUCGAGAGCAAUUCUUUCGGACGCGGUUUCUCUCGUCCGUGGUGACCGCUUCUACACCGUUGAUUAUACUCCCAAGCAUCUCACCAACUGGGGGUACAACGAAGUCAACUACGAUGACUCGGUUGACCAGGGCCAUGUGUUCUACAAACUGGUCCUGCGUGCAUUCCCAAAUCAUUUCCGUGGAAAUUCAGUCUACGCGCAUUUCCCAAUGACCAUCCCCGAUGAGAAUCGCAAGAUUCUAAGCAGCCUUGGAAUGGGUCACAUUUACAGCUACGACCCGCCCACCUACACUCCUUCCCCCAGGCUCAUCAACUCCCAUGCUGCCAACAUGGCCAUUCUUGCGGACAGCGAUUCCUUCAAAGUGACAUGGGGCAAGAAGAUCGAGUUCCUCUUGCACCGUGAUGGGCAUCCCUACGGUCAAGACUUCAUGCUGUCGGGCGAUCGCCCGCCAAAUGCAGCGUCUCGAAAGAUGGUCGGCAAUGCUCUAUACCGGGACAAGUGGAGAGAGGAGGUCAAAACAUUCUAUGAAGAGAUUACUUUGAAGCUUCUGGAACAGAACUCGUACAAGAUCGCGGGUGUCAACCAGGUGGACAUUUGCCGGGAUGUGUCCAACCUGGCCCAGAUUCAUUUCUGCGCCAACAUCUUCUCCCUCCCGCUGAAGACGGAGUCAAAUCCCAGAGGAAUUUUCACCGAGGUUGAGCUCUACGAGAUCAUGGCUCUGAUCUUCACCUGCAUCUUCUACGACGUAGAUGUCUCCAAGUCUUUCCAGCUUGAACAAGCAUCCCGCAAGGUUGCGCAGCAGCUCGGUGAGCUGGUCAUGGCUAAUGUUGAGGUUGUCGAUAAGGUAGGAUUUAUCACCAAUCUCGUUAGCAAGCUUCAUCGUCAUGAUGCCCUGAGUGACUAUGGUGUUCACAUGAUUCAACGCUUGCUGGAUAGUGGGCUGCCUCCCAAGCAAAUUGUGUGGACACACAUUCUCCCAUCGGCAAGCUCGAUGGUCGCCAACCAAGCACAACUAUUUGUCCAGUGCCUUGACUUUUAUCUCGACAAGGAGAACGCGGCUCAUCUGGCGGAGAUCCAGCGUCUGUCGAAGGAGGACACGCCGGAGUCUGACGAGUUGCUUUUGCGAUACUUUAUGGAGGGUGGCCGAAUUAGAUCGUCUGUCGCAGUGCCUCGAGAGGUCGCAAACCCUUCGGUCAUUGACGACAAUGGAGAGAAGGUGACAUUGAAGACUGGCCAGCAGAUCUUCUGCAACCUGGUGGCUAGUAGUCAUGACCCCAAGGCAUUCCCGGAUCCCGAGCAGGUCCGGCUGGACCGUGACAUGAGCCAGUACAUUCACUUUGGAUUCGGUCGCCACCAGUGUCUCGGCCUAGAUGCGUGCAAAGUUGCCCUGCCGACCAUGCUUCGAGUGGUUGGGAAACUGGACAACCUCCGUCGUGCCCCGGGUCCUCAGGGUGAGCUCAAGAAGAUCAAGGCCAUCGGUGGCAUCACCAUGUACAUGGACGCGGAGCAUAGCAGCUUCUCUCCGUAUCCUUCGAUGAUGAAGAUCCAAUGGGACGGAGAGCUCCCCAAAGCGGAGUACAAGUGA